CUUUGCAACGCGUUGGCCGGCCAACACCCAGCCUUGGCAAGGAGAGAGACAGGUUCGAGAGAGAGGAGAGCAAGGCGGACGGGCUUACAGCAUGGCGGAGUUGGACGGGUCAUCCUCCGAGAUGAGCGACGAUGCUCUUCAGAAACUUGUCUCUCGCCUGGUGGAAGUAGGAGGAGAGCUUGGAGGAGAGGAUGUAGACACUACUGCGGAACCUCAGAGUCCGGGGCACGCUCGAGCGCUAAUCAUGGGUGCAACGUCUGCGCAAGCCGCAGCCCCAAGCGAUUACGCGGACAGCUCUGGUGACGAAGAGCUAGUGAGCGCGGCAACGGGCCAGCCCAUCUGGCCCUCCUUGGCUCAAGACCAGCCAUCACCCAUACAGGCACCGCGCGGCACUGUCUCGCCGCGAGCGGACGGGUACGACCGAGAGGCGGACCUGCUGGAGAGUGCCCACGCCAGCAACGACUCCUCGGAAGGAGGAGGUGGGGGAGGGGCCCGGGCGGGGACUGACUUUCCGCUGGCAGCGAUCGCCACCCGCGCUGUCGAGGAGGCGAGAGUGGAGACGGACAGCUGCGGCUACGAAGGCGACGUCGGGGAAGGUGCGAAGAGGAUGACGACGCCCUCCUUUCGGAGGGCGGCGGGGAUCGCUCCCCCGGGCUUCUCGGUCAACAAGGACGGAGCUGAAGCGGAUGACGAGGCUUCAGGAAAGGAAGCCACCAAGUCCCUCGUGCCCCAGCAGCCGGCGAGCCUAGACAUGUCGGCAAGGGGGAUGACUUCGCACUACCGCGUCGGUCGCGUGAAUCCGCCCCAAACCAACGAGGGAAGCCCAUGGGACGCCCUCAACGAGAGCCUUCGAGAGCAGGGGUUCCGCGAGGUGUCGCUGUCGCGACCGGGGGGGUCGAUCGCGGUGCCGGAUCCGACGAGCCUGGCGGACACCCUGCGGGACGUAGUCUUCAAGCACGGGGAGAGGGGAAGGGUCAUCCAGGAGAUGUCGCUGGAGCUCCAGCGGCGCGACAACGUGGGCGGACACCGAGAGUCCGUGCUGAACGAGUCGUUCCGCCGCGAGAGGUCCGACCUGUCGAAGCGGUCCGCGGGGGCGGAGGCGCGGGCCGCCGCGCUGGAGGCGGAGAACAAGCGCCUGCAGGACCAGCUGGCCCUGGACUCCCGGCGGGCCAGGGCCGAGAGCGCCAGCCUGGCCUCGCAGCUGAAGCAGAGCGAGCACCGGGUGAAGGCGAAGGAAGCCGCGGCGCAGAGGUUGAUGGACAAGCUCCAGGAAGAGGCGGAGAAGGAGCGGCUGUCCCAGCAGCGAGAGCGCGCGAUUCUCGCCAAGUUCAGGCAGAAGGAGGCCGCCGCUGUUGUUGCCGUCCGUGGAAGCGGCGGCGGCGGAGCCAACGACUCGAGGGUGGCGGAGUCCCUGAUGGCGCACUCGAAGGCCCAGGAACGGUCGGAGGCGGAGAUGGACAAGCUUCGGGCGGAGGUCUCCCGCCUCGGGGACGAGCUCCGAGAGAAGGAGAACACGAUUCUCAAGCAUCGGCUAGGCCCCGACUGGACCCCGGACCUCGACCCGAAGGUCGCGCCCGCCUCCUCAGACGAGCUCCGCGAGCUGCGAGAUCGGCUCGCUGAGUCGGAGAGGAGCGUCAGGGUGAUGAAACAGCGGGAGGCCAGGGCGUUGGAGCGGUGCGCGAGCAUGGAGAAGGAGUGCGCCGAGGUCCAAGCCAAGGCCGACGAGACUCAGGACGCUCUUGUGAACGCGCGGCUAGAGCUUUCCUCGCGGCCGUCGUUGCGAAACUGGCGCGCCAGCCAAAGACGGAUACAGGACCUCGAGACUAAGCUCGGCCAGGCAACUAGCCAGGCGAAAGUAUACUCCCGGACCAGCUUCUUUAUUUCGCGAAUGUACCGCUGUCGAGGGUAGGCAAAAGAGGCCAUGGACGUCGCGG